AUGGCUUUGAUGAAGACUAGAGACGUUACAAUCCACAGUGUGUUCCUCGUAUACAGGAAGCUUCUGGAGCAUAUUGAAAGGUCGAAUCGAAAAUUAAGAAGAAAGGUAACACCCUGGAAGAAGGACAUGUAUAGCGCUUUGCUCGUUGCAAGGCAGAAGCUGAAAGAGUACUAUGAAAAGACCUACCGCGAUCACGGUUUUCUCUAUGGCACCGGAACAUUACUCGCUCCGCAAUAUAAACUGAGUGCUUUCGAUGAUAGAGAGUCCUCUACUUGCCAUGAAGAUACGUCAAAAAGAUACUGUGAAUACUUGCGAGCAUGUUUCACACAGUAUCAGCAGCAGAGCCCAGAGCUGUUAUUCCGCACGGUACAGCGCUCUUCCACUUUACAUAGCUCGGAGCUUGAUCGGCUACUUGAACCCCUGGAUGCAUCAAUGCUCGAUGAAGGAACAGAGUAUGAUGAAGUGGACCAGUAUCUUAAAGAGGCGAAUGUUCCUGUAACCUCGCAAAUUUACUGGAAGGAGCACGAGAGCAAGUUCCCUGUUCUUUCUCGACUUGCGCGAGACUUGCUUUCUGUCCCAGCCACCGGCGCAGAUAGAAGCGAGACCACGAGGUCCAUUGCGCGAGCCGCUACGCUAAGUGUGCAUAUAUAUGCUCUCCGAGAGGCAGCCGAAGAGACCGAAGCUACUACCUUACAGCUCCAAGUUCAACCUCAAAUUUCGAUGCCUCCUAGUGAUGAGGUCAUGGCAUCGCGAGGUGGAAUACGAACGCCUCGGUAUGAAGUGCUUAUCCACACUGUACGGAACUGGUAUAUCAGAUAG